AUGAACUAUGAUUAUAUAGGGGCCAUUAAAAUAAAGGAUGGGCUAUUUUUAGGAGAUUAAUUUGCAGCAUAGGAUCUUGAAUUUAUUGUUACUAACAAAGUUUCAAGGAUUAUUAACUGUGCAUCUAAACAAUUACCAAACCACUGGGAAUCUAUUGGCAUUGUUUAUUUGUCAUUCCCCUGGAUGGAUAAUGAUUAACAAGUUAUUUUUCAAUAAGAUGAGAUAAUAAAUAAUGUAAUGAAAUUUGUAGAUGAUGCAUUAAAUAAUGGAGAAAGUGUUAUUGUUCUAUCAGUGAAAGGACACAAUCGAUCAGUGGCAACCUUAUGCGUUUAUUUUAUGAAGAAAUAUAGAUGGACUCUUUAUAAAACUCUUCAAUAUAUGCAUAAUAGAAGACCAGAUUUAGAAAUCAGAGCUCACUUCUUUAAUUAGUUACUGUCAGUUGAAACAAGAUUGUAGAAACAAGGCUAUGGUGCUAAGACCUAUAACUGGGAUGAGAUUCACACACAAGGUGAAAAUGACGAAAUUGUCCUGAGAAAUACUUACUUGAAUUCUCAAGCCCAAGGAGUAGCUGAAUUCAAGGAUCACGACCCGAAACCGAAAGAAUCUAAAUUGAGAUUUGCUGAAAAGGUUUCCAUGUACAUCCCACCAUAUGAUAAAGUAAUGCAAAACCAAUCAUAAAGUUAUCAGGUUCAUCAAAACAAAUAGAUCCAUCAUACUAGCAAUAAACUUAAAAAUAAUAAUCUAUCACCAUUUAGGAUUAAUCCCAUUAAUAACCUCAAAAAGAUUCCCAAAAAUAAAGUCAUAAUCAAAUCUAUCCUCCUCAACCCCAAAGACCUUCAUCUUAAGGCACUCAAUAAUAAAGACUAACUAAAAGUGACAGUGUUAAAUCUGGAUCUGUGUUUGACAAUAAUAUUGUUUGUAUAUCUUUCAUAAUAUUCUAUAGAACCGCAAAAAGUUCAACUGAAUAAUUUCAUGGACUCAAGAGAAUAAUUUCUAUAGAAGUCUCAAUAACAAAAUGGAACUCGUAGACCCUAGACUGCUCCUAAUUAACUUAAGGCUCCCAGAGUACAAACCACUCCCUAUAAGAGAAAUACUAGUUCAGGGCAAAGGUAAGAGGCUGGAUCAUAACCAAAUUCAUAAUUUAAACCCAUGAGAUAAAGAGCAUAAUCUCCAAAUUCUGCAUAUAACUCCUCAAAUCCAUAUGUUCAAAGAUAAUUUAAAGCCAAAGCAUGGAAAAAAUGA